AUGCACCUCAAACAAACCCUUGCAACAGCCUCGCUGUCCCUCCUCCUCAGCACCACCACCGGCGUCCUCGCCAAGGAAAUCCCCGCCAACGUCGCCGCCUUCUACUCGCACGUCAAAAACGCCGGCGACUGCUCUGGCUCCGACCUCCUGCAAGGCGGCUUCCAUGACACCGACGAAGGCCCGACCUCCUACAGCUACUGUAGCCGAUCCAUGGGCAACAAGGGCUUCUACCUUAAGGGCCCCGGCAAAGAGCUCGUGAACAUGGACAUCGACUGCGAUGGCGAGCAAACCUCAGGCGAUGGCCGCUGCGGCAGUUCGAAGGACACGCAGGGCCAGACGGCUUUUAAAGACGAAGCCUCGAAGCAUGGGAUUAAGGAUCUGAAUGCGUAUAUUCAUCCGUAUGUCGUGCUGGGUAACGAGGGGGAUUACGAUCCGACGUUUGACCCCCGUGCGCAUGGCGUCGAGCCCCUAUCUCUCGUGGCGGUCGUGUGCAACGGAAAACUGAUCUACGGUAUCUGGGGCGAUACGAACGGUGACGAUGGCAAGCCGCUUGUUGGGGAAGCUAGUCUUGCGACUGCGACGGCUUGCUUUGGGGAGGAUAUGAAUGGGGACAGUGGGCAUGAUGAGAAGGAUGUGUUGUAUAUCGCGUUCUCUGGAAAGGAGGCUGUUCCGGGUGAUGAGGCGAAGUGGGAUGCGGGCAGCUAUGAGGAGUUCGAGGAGAGUAUUACUGCGUUGGGGGAUAAAUUGGUUGCGGGGUUGGGGAAGGGGAUGAGCUCGAGCUUCCAUGGUAAUGCUACUACUAUGCGCAUGCGGAGGUUUCAUCAUGUUUAG